AUGUCUUUAUUUCUCUUUGGAAUUCGCGACGGUGAUUCGACCACUAUCGAUCCGGUUGAUCCUUUCUCCGGUGACCCAAUCUUUGACGAUGCCUUAGGGUUAUCGUCAUUUAGGAGGAAUUCAGAUCGUGACUGGAAUACACCCAGGAAAAAUGAUUUCGCCGUUCCUAAUUUUAAGUUUACCGAAAAAAAUGCAGACAUCGAUAUCCGCGGUUUAAAUAAUGGGACAGUUGUUCACGUCGAGCCACCCAGUAACUCAAGUGUUAACGUGAAUGGUAAAGAUGAUAUGGAUGAUACUGCGACCGGAUACAUUCAUGAAAGUCGUUCCAUG